UCGGUCAUGUGAUCAGCUGUGUCCAAUCACAGCUGAUCACAUGGGACAUCUACACUGAUCAUCAGAGCACUGAUGAUCAGUGUGCCCUGAUGAUUAGUGUAGCCCCAGCAGUGCCACCUGUCAGUGUCCAUCAGUGCCAUGUGUUAGUGCUCAUCCAUGCCACCUGCCAGUGCCCAUCAGUGCCACAUUUCAGUGCCUACCAGUGCACAUCAAUGCCACAUAUCAGUGCCCAUCUGAGCUGCCUUUCAGUGUCACCCAUCAGUGCCAGUCAGUGCCACCUUUCAGUGCUGCCAAUCAGUGCCACCUAUCAGUGCCGCCUAUCAGUGCCAGUCAGUGCCGCCUAUCAGUGUGCGUCAGUGCUGCCUAUCAGUGCCCGUCAGUGCUGCCUAUCAGUGCCCGUCAGUGCUGCCUAUCAG